AUGUCCAAAGAAAAGCAGGACGAAAGCUUAGUCGAUCAUGAAUUAGAUGUAGAGAAAGAUCUUCUUAAAUCUGGCGAUAUCGAGGAUGUCGAUGCUGAAUAUGCUAAACUGUACACAAAGGGUAUUGUACCUGAGACUGAUGACCCGUCUGCUCCAUCUCUUUCUGUCCGUAUGUUGGUUCUUGGUAUCAUCUGGGCCAUCUUCCUUGGUCUUAUGAACGGUAUUUUCUCUUUCCGUACCAAUCCAUUUGCUAUUAGUAGUAACGUUGCUGCCAUUCUGUCGUACCCUGUCGGUAUUUUCUUGGCUGCUGUUCUUCCCCGUGGUAUCCUCAAUCCUGGUCCUUUCACCAUCAAGGAGCACGUUCUCGUGUACAUGCUUGCCUCGGCUGCCGGUGGUCAGCCAUAUGCUAUUGAAAACGUUAUUGGUCAGUCGUUCAGCAAGUUCAUGGAUGACACCAGUGUUACUUUCUGGAACUCGAUCCUCUUCGUUCUUACUACCCAAAUGAUUGGCUACGGUCUUUCUGGUAUGACUCGUCGUUUCCUUGUUCGCCCCGCUGCCAUGUACUGGCCCACUGCUCUUUCUACUGUUGCUUUGUUCAUUGCAUUCCACGAGAAGGAAGAAUCUGAAUCUUCAAAGAAAGUUGGUGGUCUUUCCCGUUAUGGCUUCUUCUGGCUUGCUUUCUGUGUCAUGUUCAUUUACCAAUGGAUCCCCACUUUCUUUGCCCCCGCUCUUGGUGCUCUCUCCAUUCUCUGUAUGAUUCCCGGUGCCAGCAAAACCACUCGUUUCCUUGGAUCUGCUUCCCCAAGCGCUGGUGUCGGUAUUUUGUCGCUCUCGUUUGAUUGGACCAUUAUUGGCUCCGGCUGUAUUUCCGUUCCAUUCUGGGUCAUGUGCAACAUUACCUUUGCCGCUGUCAUUCUUGGAUGGAUCGUUGUUCCUCUCCUCCAUUUCAACAACACCUUCCACAACCCUACCUUGGUUGGAUCUUAUGUCUUUGAGGAUGGAUCGCCUUUCCCCGUUGUCAACUCUCCAGGUCUUUACAGCAGAAAGGGUACUCGUGUCAGAGCUACCUCGUUCUACAACAAGCUUACCUACGAUCUUAACGAGACUGCCUACAACAAGGUCGCCCCCGUUUACAUUACCGAAAUGUUUGCCACUACCUAUUUCAUGUCGUUCUUUGCCUUGACCUGUGGUAUUUCUCACGUUGCUCUCUGGUAUCACAAGGACAUUAUUCGUCAAACCAAGGAGAUGCUUUCCCAGGUUGAUGAAGCAAAGAUGGAUAUCCAUAACGAGCUGAUGAAGGCUUACCCCGAUAUUCCCGAGUGGGUUUACCUUACAUGGCUCGCGUUCUGGCUCAUUGUCAUGUUCUUUGUUGGCCAGUUCACUCCCUUCAGACUUCCAUGGUGGGGUGUUAUUUUCGGUCUAGUGAUUGCUUUUGUUUUCCUGAUCCCAUACGGUAUUAUUCAAGGCUCUGCUGGUCAACAGCUUGGUCUGAACGUUAUCACUGAAUUGCUCAUGGGUCUGUUCAUUCCCGGCCAAACCGUUUCUGUCAUGACCUUCAAGUCAUACGGUUACAAUAUUAUGAUUCAGGCGCUUUCUCUCACUUACGAUCUGAAGGUUGGCCACUACUUGCACAUUAAUCCCAUCCACAUGGUUAUUGUCCAGCUUAUCGGUACCGUUAUUGGAGCAGUCUGCAACACCGCCUCUGUAUGGAUUGCCAUUUCAUACUUCCCUCUUGAUACUCCCGAGUGGACUUAUCCCGGACAUACCACUUUCUUCAACGCUGGUGCUAUUUGGGGUGCUAUUGGUCCAGCACGUUUCUUUGGUUCUUCGUCGCCAUAUUUCUCGCUAAACAUUGGUUACCUUGUUGGCGCAGUUCUUCCCGCUCUGCCAUGGCUCAUCAACAGAUCAUAUCCCCACCCGUACUGGCGUUUCAUCAAUUUCCCCGUCAUGUCAUACGCCCUCUCUACCGGUGUUAGCCAGUCUUACUUGAUCAUGAACAUUCUGCUUUCCUUCUUCUUCAUGUUCUUCCUCUUCACUUACCACCACGCUUGGUGGACAAAGUACAACUACGUAUUGGCAACUGCCUUUGACUCUGGAUCUGGUAUUGCUGUCUUGGUAGCUACUCUUGUUGCUAUGCAGAUUACCAUCCCUCUGUCUGCCGUCAACCCACCCAUGGUUGACUUUUACUGCACUGGAACCAACUGGGACAAUGCGCAGUUUCAAUAGUUGAUUAUUGAUGUGUAUUAAUCCUUGCAAUAUUUUUGCCUAGAUUGUUUAAAAAUGAAAUUCUAAUUGGGUUGAUAUAGAUAGUUGUAAAUUACAAAUGGAGGGAUUUGAUAAAGGUUUAAUCUUUGCAAUGGCGUGUCCUACCAUUUUAUUUUUUGAAAUAAACGAAUCAUGGUUUAAUG